GGUUGUGAGAGUUUUGAACGGUUCUCGCCAGGUGGCGAGUACCCAAAUUUUUUUUAUUUUUAAUAUUUGGGCAGGGCUACAGUGUCAUUUGCACUGGCCUGCUGUACACCUUCGCCUUGGAAUGGAGAAAAAAUAAGAUAAAUCGGCUGUCCCCGUGGUAUCGCAGGUAACAUCCAAAGUGGCGCCGGGACCUGCGUCACUUUUACUAUAAUUUCCACGAGUCGAUUUCGCCGGGACGCGUAACGCUAUCACAGCACCAUGUCUGCUUCAGCAAUCUACAUACUGGACCUGAAGGGCAAGGUGCUAAUAUCGCGGAACUACCGGGGCGACAUCGACAUGUCGUCCAUCGACAAGUUCAUGACGUUGCUCAUGGAGAAGGAGGAAGAAGGCUGCGUGACACCCAUAAUGCGUCACGCGGACAUCGCCUUCAUGUACAUCAAGCACAACAACCUUUACCUGGUGUCCACAUCAAAGAAGAAUGCCAACGUGGCCCUGAUCUUUGCAUUCCUACACAAGAUAGUGACUGUGUUCAGCGAGUACUUUAAGGAACUCGAAGAAGAAAGCAUCCGCGACAAUUUCGUCAUCAUCUACGAGCUGCUAGACGAACUGAUGGACUUUGGCUAUCCCCAGACCACCGACAGCAAAAUCCUCCAGGAGUACAUAACGCAGGAGAGUCACAAGAUGGAGAUCCAGCCCAAGCUGCCGAUGGCGGUGACCAACGCGGUGUCGUGGCGCUCGGAGGGCAUCAAGUACCGGAAGAAUGAGGUGUUCCUGGACGUCAUCGAGUCGGUGAACCUGCUGGCCAAUGCCAACGGCAACGUGCUGCGCAGCGAGAUCGUGGGCUGCAUCAAGAUGCGCGUAUACCUGUCGGGCAUGCCGGAGCUGCGGCUGGGCCUCAACGACAAGGUGCUCUUCGAGAGCACCGGACGUGGGAAGAGCAAGUCCGUGGAGCUGGAGGACGUCAAGUUCCACCAGUGUGUGCGGUUGUCACGCUUCGAGAACGACCGCACCAUCUCCUUCAUUCCGCCCGACGGGGAGUUUGAGCUCAUGUCCUACCGGCUCAACACUCACGUCAAGCCGCUCAUCUGGAUAGAGUCGGUCAUCGAGCGCCACGCCCACAGCAGAGUGGAGUACAUGGUCAAGGCAAAGAGCCAGUUCAAGCGACGUUCGACAGCGAACAACGUGGAGAUAGUCAUUCCCGUACCGACAGACGCCGACACUCCCAAGUUCAAGACGACGGUCGGCAACGUCAAGUACGCUCCCGAGCAGAGUGCGGUGGUCUGGAGUAUCAAGUCGUUUCCGGGUGGCAAGGAGUACCUCAUGAGGGCGCACUUUGGCCUUCCCAGCGUGGAGAGCGAAGAGACGGAGGGCCGGGCACCCAUCCAAGUCAAGUUCGAGAUCCCCUACUUCACCACUUCGGGCAUUCAGGUGCGAUACCUCAAGAUCAUAGAGAAGAGCGGGUACCAAGCACUCCCCUGGGUCCGCUACAUCACGCAAAACGGAGACUAUCAACUGCGCACCAACUAACUGUAAAACGCCGUAUACGACGGAAUGCAACGCGGUGAUCGAGCGUCGGCGGGACGGAUCGAGAGGCCGCGGCACCACUGUAUAACUGUUUUCCCUCCCCUCCCAAAGCGCUCCUGUCCAAUAAACUUGCAAGAUGAUAGAGUGA